UACUUCUAAUAGUACAGUAAUGACCCACUUUUUCUCCCUGUCUCCGAUCGAGGGCUCCGGUAGAACUGUACCCUUGUCGUCCAACACCCGGACUGAUUCAUGCCGAAAUAGCUCCUGAUCCUACCCUUGCCCGCAACGCAAAUAAGUGACAAUAAAACAGAGCGAUGAAGUCCUUGCGACACCGACACGCGGAUGCUGCAUCCUCGCCCAACAGUAAAUCACAGAAGAAGUCGUCGUCAAGGUUACGCAGAAAGAGCACCAGUAAUCGCAAUGUGUCAUCGACAACUACUGGAUUACAGUAUUUUAUAAUAUUCGUAAUGUGCUCAAUUGCCCUGGCUUAUACAAUCGCCUUGUCACGAGUUACAUUCAAUUCUGCUGGUGACCAAAACCAUGUCCGAACAGGGGAGAGAGCGGCAAGCCCUCGAGAAAUUCAGAAGCAAGCUGCGGAAAACGCUCGAAAGCUCCAUGAUGAUCAAAAGCAAAAUCAGAGGCGGCGAGGUAAACGUAAACAGGCAGAGAAAGCUCAAGCUCCCCAGGACUAUCCGAAGCAUGUUUCAAAACCAUGGAGGAAAUUAUUGAAAGAAGUAAAAAAACACAAAGAAAAGCAUCCCGUAGUCGAAAAAGGCAAGAGAUCGGAUUCAAAUAUAUUCAAACCCUACAACAAAAAAAAUCAAGUCCAGUUGGGUCCGAAACGCGACAAGAAAGGGGCAAUUGUCUACAACCCAAUUACAAAGUUUAAGAAAGAAGACUUGCCAUCGAUGGGAUUUGACAAGAAACAGAUUGAUGAGUUAACCGGUAUUUCGCGCGACAAAGCGAUCGACGGAAGAGAACGUCUGGUAGAGAUUCUGAGUGAAGCUGGCAUCUUGGACGUUGAUCCAGAGGUUAUCGCGGUGUUGCCAAAGUGGGAAACAGUUGAAGAAUUGUAUGGCAGUAAACCGGUUGUACUCGGACUGGAAAAUUGCAAAAAAUUCCGAACUCAGUUUGAUCCCGUGGACGCGUCGAUUGGUACAGCUGGGAUGUUCAACACCGGGACGAACCCUCUUGCGAUGUAUAUCAGCAACAACUGCAAAUUGCCUAGAAAUAAGAACGACAAAGCUGGAGGUACACGCUGGGUGAGUUUUUUACGCCAACAAAAUGAAAUCGCAUCAUGAAAUGAUUUGAAAUGCAUAUUCCUAUCCACUGCUUACGCAUCGCAUCAUUUUAUUCUUUGCUUCUUUAGCAAGUACCUUGGGGGAAACACGCUCCAGCUUCCCGCAAAUGGACCAACACAGCCGGCCACGAUCACAAAGUAAACAAAACCAAUGUGAUGCCGAUCGUUGUUGUGCGAGAUCCAUACAGCUGGAUGCAAAGUAUGGUAAGAUUCGUACUCUUCUCUCCCAAACUGGCUUCGCUAUAAACACAAACACAUAUGACUCUAGUUCGACUUUGCAGUCUUAUAUUGUUGUAACUCGUUUUGAGAAUCCUAUUUUUUCCUCACCUUUCUGUUAUGACUGUAAAUUUCGUUCCAUGUGUCUUUUUUCCCAGUGUAAACAUAAUUAUGAGGCGAGAUGGCCACAUUCAAUAUUUUGUCCAAACCUUGCCAAACCUGAACUUCUUCCAAAUGGAAAACCGGAUAUUGUCCCGAUUAAAGUGAAAUACAAUCCACCAGCCAACUAUACAUCAUUAGCUCAUUACUGGGCGCAGUGGUACAAAGAAUAUCUUGAAGCAGAUUAUCCUCGCUUGAUCGUUCGAUUUGAAGACAUUCAAUUUCAUGCGAAGGAACUGGUCGAAACAGUUUGUCAAUGUGCAGGGGCUGUUCCCCGAGAGGAUGACGCCCUCUUUCGUUACGUUGUUGACAGUGCCAAGUGGGGCGCAGCACACAAAAGCCAUACCAACAUGGUUUCGGCAAUGGUCAAGUAUGGUUCGGAAGAAAAUCGCUUCAAGGGAAUGAGGGAAGUUGACUGGCUUGUGGCAAAAGAGGUGUUUACACCGGAAAUCAUGGAUCUGUUUGGUUACAAAAUGCCAGAUCACUUGWAAUAGAAURCAUUAAAUAGCUGGAUUGAUA